AUGGACCAAUUCGCCUCUCCAAGCGGACCCAACCCCCUUGGGAGCCGGCCUGGCCCGACGCCAAAGCACGUGCUCAAGCUGGGUCGACUCACGAAAAUAGGCGUUCCGGUGAUCGCCGUCGUGGGCCUUGGCUAUGGUGUUUCCACCUUCCUGGAGGCCCAGCGUCGUGUGCAACAACAGACAUUGCAAGAGGAAGAGCGUUUACGGAAAAAUGCCCAGCUGCUGGAUGCUUAUGGCGACAAGAGCAGUCUAGAAGAUAUGCAGAGGGCGUUGGAACACUAUCAUAAGGUGCGUCGGCCUCGAUCAACACGAAAGCCGCCAUACUGA